AUGAGAGAGAAACAGCUCAAUCGCCUCUUUCUCUCUCUCUCUCAACUUUAUCUAUUUAGGUCAGAGCUUUUUGUUGAGAUCUCUGUCUAUAUCUAUUCUUUCCUGGGCAAACGAAUCCCAGAUCCUCCUUGCUACACUUCUCUCCACAGCUACAAAACAACCUUCCAUUCUCCCAACUAAUUCCGCAACUCAUCUCCAUUUAUCCAAAACAGAAAGUGAAAAAAAUCCAAUCUUGCUUCGUUUAACCAAGUGGGGUUCAACAAAUGCGAUCUAAUUUGGAUCCGGAGGAAGUGAGUGUCGGUGAUGUCGCUAAGUGUGAAGAACAGCAUUUCAGAUCAAGAAAUAGGCAGCAAUGGUAGCAAUUGUUGCUCGAAUGGCUCUUCGCAGUUGAAAAUCUACCAGACUUUCAUCUUCUCAGUCCCAAUUUUCUUCACUUUUAUACUUUUAUUCUUGUUUUAUUGGUUCUAUCUGCGGCGGCGAAGGGCGGACUGGUCUUCUCUCAGAAUGAGGGCUAAUAAUUCUGUCCUUAUGUCUGAAAUCGGCGAUGAUCUCUCCAGGUGUGAGCUUGGGCUAAAGAAGGAGCUGAGGGAGAUGCUGCCUGUUAUUGUCUUUAAUCAGAGCUUUUCUGUCAAAGACACACAAUGCUCAGUGUGCCUAGGGGAGUACCAGGCCGAGGAUAAGUUACAGCAGAUACCGAGCUGUGAGCACACGUUUCACAUGGACUGCAUCGAUCUCUGGCUAACCACACAUACCACUUGCCCACUAUGCCGCCACUCCCUUCUUGCUUCGACUAAACCUCCCCCGGAUACCCAACCGUCUGACGAAGAUCCUGAAACUAGUGAUGAAGAAGCCACCGCUAAUGAAGAUCCUCAAACUAGUGAACCGUCUUCGGAGGGUGAUGGAGAAGGGGAUGCUUCCAUCGCAAGGGAUCAAGAUACCGGGCAUGGUGAUGAAGAAGGUGAAAGGGAGACUGUGAAAUGAGUCUACUCAUGAAUUGGAAUAUAUUGUAGUUUUUCUUCAUUGAGAGUGAAGAGGCAUCUUGUCUCUAUUUAUGUAUUUUUCCAACACUUGGACAAGUCAAAUGUAUGAUUAAGGUUCAUCA